AUGACUACCAGUGAUAAGGAUUUUUCUGUGGAUAAUAUUAAAAAAAAAUAUAAAUUUAUAGAAGAUUCGAAUUUUUACAAAAUUUAUAAUGAAUUUAAUUGGGACUGUAGAGAUGGUCGAUAUUCUGAUCUUGGUGUAUCAUGUUUUAAUGGUAGUUCAAAUGGAUGGACAAAGUUCCCUGAAGUUACUAACAUACUAAAGAAACUCUAUAGUAAUUUAUACAGGAUAUAUGUUACAAAUGGAGGCGAUAAUAAUGAUUACUUUGAUGAUAAUGAAGACGAGAUAGAUAAAAUGGGAUAUUUCUAUGUAAAGUACUGGUUGUACGAUCAAAUAUUUAAUAAUAAUUUAAAUGAUUCUAAAAUUAAAGAGCUCUACCAAGGAUGGAAUAAUUAUGUAAAGAAAGAAGUAGAACAUAAAUCUAAUAAUCCUUGCAUAUUUUAUAGUUUAAAAAAAGAUGAGAUAAAAAAUAUAAGAAAGAUAUAUGCCUUUAGUACACUUUUAUAUCAAAAUGUUAACAAAUUUAAGACUAACUAUAAUAAUAACAGUAAGUAUAUGGACUAUUUUGGUGAAGGCUUAGACGCAUUUUUUAGUAGUAUCAAUAAAUGUUCGAGCGAAAAACAUACUGAUAACUAUUGUAAAGAAUUCAAAGAAUUCUUAAAUAAAUGUAAGGAUGAAAGCUUAAAUGCAGGAAUCUUAAUAUACCAUGGAAAUAAUGUAUAUAGCCCAGAUGACAGUAACAAAUAUUUAUUGUCCAUUGAAACGUAUGAAAACAAACCACUUUAUAUAAUUUUAAAGGAUAAAAAAAUGUUAAAUUUUCUUAAAACAUCUAAUUUCUUGAGCAAUAAAAAUAGAAACACUAUUGCAGCAACUUCUGCUGUAGGUUCUGCCAUAGCCUUAUCCUCAAUUUUUUACUAUUUUUAUAAGUUUAGGCCCUUUGGAAGAAACUUACGUAAAGGAAAAGGGGGAAAUAUAGUGGAUAUUAAUGAAAGAGCGCAUGAUUCAUUAUUGCAUACACCGGAUACUGAACAUAUGCCAUUUCAAAAACAGGGAAUAUAA